AUGGCAGUGCCCAGUCUGUGGCCAUGGGUGGCCUGCCUGCUUGUGAUCCUCCUCUCCUUGGGAUUUAGCCUGGACACUCGCGAGGUGUGCCCCAGUCUGGACAUCCGCUCAGAGGUGGCAGAGCUGCGUCGGCUGGAAAACUGCAGCGUGGUGGAGGGCCACCUGCAGAUCCUACUCAUGUUCACAGCCACCGGCGAGGACUUCCAUGGCCUCAGCUUCCCACGCCUCACUCAGGUCACCGACUACCUGCUGCUCUUCCGUGUCUAUGGCCUGGAGAGCCUGCGUGACCUCUUCCCCAACCUAGCGGUCAUCCGCGGUGCCCGCCUCUUCCUGGGCUACGCGCUGGUCAUCUUCGAGAUGCCGCACCUGCGGGACGUGGGGCUGCCAGCGCUGGGGGCCGUGCUGAGUGGGGCCGUGCGCGUGGAGAAGAACCAGGAGCUCUGCCACCUCUCCACCAUUGACUGGGGCCUGCUGCAGCCUUCACCUGGCGCCAACCACAUUGUGGGCAACAAGCUGGGCGAGGAGUGUGCCAACGUGUGCCCUGGCAUGCUGGGCGCCACUGGCGAGCCCUGUGCCAGGACCACCUUCAGCGGGCACACCGACUACAGGUGCUGGACCUCCAGCCACUGCCAGAGAGUGUGCCCCUGUCCCCGUGGGCUGGCCUGCACAGUUAGGGGUGAGUGCUGCCACACUGAAUGCCUGGGAGGCUGCAGCCGGCCAGAAGACCCCCAUGCCUGUAUCGCCUGCCGCCACCUCUACUUCCAGGGUGCCUGCCACAGGGCGUGCCCUCCAGGCACCUACCAGCAUGAGUCCUGGCGCUGCGUCACGGCCGAGCACUGUGCCAGCCUGCGCUCUGUGCCUGGCCGCGCCUCCACCUUUGGCAUCCACCAAGGUAGUUGCCUGGCCCAGUGCCCUCCAGGCUUCACCCGUAAUGACAGCAGCAUAUUCUGCCACAAAUGCGAGGGGCUAUGCCCCAAAGAGUGCAAAGUGGGCACCAAGACCAUCGACUCUGUCCAGGCAGCACAGGAUCUGGUGGGCUGCACCCACGUGGAAGGGAGCCUCAUCCUCAAUCUUCGUCAAGGCUAUAACCUGGAGCUGGAGCUGCAGCGCAGCCUGGGACUGGUAGAGACCAUCACUGGCUUCCUCAAAAUCAAGCACUCCUUUGCCCUCGUGUCCCUAGGCUUUUUCAAGAACCUCAAACUAAUCCGGGGGGACACCAUGGUGGAUGGGAACUACACUCUGUACGUGCUGGACAACCAGAACCUGCAGCAGCUGGGCUCCUGGGUGGCUGCGGGGCUCACCAUUCCCGUGGGCAAGAUAUACUUUGCCUUCAACCCACGCCUCUGCUUGGAACACAUCUACCGCUUGGAGGAGGUGACUGGCACGAAGGGACGGCAGAACAAGGCAGAGAUCAACCCCCGCACCAACGGAGACCGAGCUGCCUGCCAGACACGCACCCUGCGCUUCGUGUCCAACGUGACGGAGGCCGACCGUAUCUUGCUGCGCUGGGAGCGCUUCGAGCCGCUGGAGGCUCGCGACCUACUCAGCUUCAUCGUGUACUACAAGGAGAGCCCAUUCCAGAAUGCCACAGAGCAUGUAGGUCCAGAUGCAUGUGGGGCCCAGAGCUGGAACCUACUGGACGUGGAACUGCCCCUAAGCCGCACCCAGGAGCCAGGUGUGACCCUAGCCCCGCUGAAGCCCUGGACACAGUACGCAGUGUUUGUGCGGGCCAUCACACUGACCACUGAAGAGGACAGCCCCCACCAAGGAGCCCAAAGCCCCAUCAUCUACCUCCGAACCUUACCUGCAGCACCCACAGUGCCCCAGGACGUCAUCUCCACGUCCAAUUCCUCCUCGCACCUGCUGGUGCGCUGGAAGCCACCGACCCAGCGCAACGGAAACAUCACCUACUACCUGGUGCUGUGGCAACGCCUGGCAGAAGACAGCGACCUCUACCUCAAUGACUACUGCCACCGCGGCUUGCGGCUGCCCACCAGCAACAACGAGCCCCGCUUCGACCGCGAAGACGGGGAGCUCGAGGCCGACAGGGAGCCUGGCUGCUGCCCUUGCCAGCACCCACCUCCUGGGCAGGUCCUGCCACCGCUGGAGGCACAGGAGGCCUCCUUCCAGAAGAAGUUUGAAAACUUUCUACACAACGCCAUCACCAUCCCCAAAUCCCCUUGGAAGGUGACGUCCAUCAAUAAGAGCCCUCAAAGGGACUCGGGGAGGCACCGCCGGGCAGCCGGGGCCCUCCGGCUUGGGGGGAACAGCUCGGAUUUCGAGAUCCAGGAGGACAAAGUGCCCCGGGAGCGAGCGGUGCUGAAGGGCCUGCGCCACUUCACAGAGUACCGGAUCGACAUCCAUGCCUGCAACCACGCGGCGCACACUGUGGGCUGCAGCGCUGCCACCUUCGUCUUUGCACGUACCAUGCCCCACAGAGAGGCCGAUGGCAUCCCAGGGAAGGUGGCCUGGGAGGCAGCCAGCAAAAGCAGUGUUCUCCUACGCUGGCUUGAGCCACCAGACCCCAACGGACUCAUUCUCAAGUACGAAAUCAAGUACCGCCGCUUGGGAGAGGAGGCCACAGUGCUGUGUGUGUCCCGCCUGCGAUAUGCCAAGUUUGGGGGCGUCCACCUGGCCCUGCUGCCUCCUGGAAACUACUCUGCCAGAGUUCGGGCAACCUCACUGGCUGGCAAUGGCUCCUGGACAGACGGUGUCGCUUUCUACAUCCCUGGCCCAGAGGAGGAAGACUCCGGGGGGCUGCACGUCCUUCUCACCGUCACCCCCGUGGGCCUCAUGCUGCUCAUCAUUCUUGCUGCCCUCGGUUUCUUCUACAGCAAGAAGAGAAACAGCACGCUGUAUACCUCUGUGAAUCCAGAAUACUUCAGUGCCUCUCAUAUGUACAUCCCUGAUGAGUGGGAGGUGCCUCGGGAGCAGAUCUCCAUAAUCCGGGAACUGGGCCAGGGCUCUUUUGGGAUGGUAUACGAGGGGCUGGCACAAGGACUUGAGGUUGGAGAGGAGCUCACGCCCGUGGCCCUGAAGACGGUGAAUGAGCUGGCCAGCCCACGAGAACGCAUUGAGUUCCUCAAGGAAGCCUCUGUCAUGAAGGCAUUCAAGUGUCACCAUGUGGUACGUCUCCUGGGUGUGGUGUCUCAGGGCCAGCCAACUCUGGUCAUCAUGGAGUUAAUGACCCGAGGGGACCUCAAGAGCCAUCUUCGAUCUUUGCGGCCUGAGGCAGAGAACAACCCUGGGCUCCCUCGGCCAGCACUGGGAGAUAUGAUCCAGAUGGCUGGUGAGAUCGCGGAUGGCAUGGCCUACCUCGCUGCCAACAAGUUUGUGCACCGAGACCUGGCGGCCCGAAACUGCAUGGUGUCCCAGGACUUCACCGUCAAGAUCGGGGACUUCGGGAUGACUCGAGAUGUGUAUGAGACAGACUAUUACCGCAAGGGCGGGAAGGGGCUGCUGCCUGUGCGCUGGAUGGCCCCUGAGUCCCUCAAAGAUGGAAUCUUCACCACCCACUCGGAUGUCUGGUCCUUUGGCGUGGUGCUCUGGGAGAUUGUGACCCUGGCCGAACAACCCUACCAGGGCCUAUCCAAUGAGCAGGUGCUCAAGUUCGUCAUGGAUGGCGGGGUCCUAGAGGAGCUGGAGAGCUGUCCCGUUCAGCUGCAGGAGCUGAUGCACCGCUGCUGGCAGCAGAACCCGCGCCUGCGCCCAACUUUUACCCACAUCCUGGACAGCAUACAAGAAGAGCUGCGGCCCUCCUUCCGCCUCCUUUCCUUCUAUUACAGCCCAGAGUGCCGGGGGGCCCGGCCUUCCCUGCUGCCCGCAGAUGCAGAGCCCGACUCCCCGCCAACCCCUAAAGGGGCUUCCUCAGACUUCAGCCCCCAAAAUGGGGGUCCAGGGCACUGA